AUGCUGAGAACUGCGCUUCGGCGACGGGCACUUCCCCCCUCGUUUGUCCAGCGAAGAUGGGCGACGCAGACGCCCGAAGAGCCAUUCAUUCCUGAUAUAAACGAGUGGUCACAUCCGCCGUCGAAUGCCAGCAUUUCAGAUGACGAGAUACAGAGACUCGCAGCGCUCCCCCGCCGGCCUCUGACUCUGGCAGAUCUCGUUAGACAUGGCAAACCUCCCUUACGAGACUCUGCACUCCUCUCCUCCGCAAACUUCACUCUGUCCCUCCUCCCUGCCCGACUUGCACAUCGUAUCCAAGCCCUUCGGAACCUGCCCUUCAUUGUGGUGUCCAACCCCAAUGUCUCCAAGAUCUACAACAACUACCUGCGUUCUCUUUCCACCCUAGAACCUUUCUACAAGAAAUCCAUUGAGACAAUCGAGGAAGAGAUGAAGUUUACAGAAGCCAUGGCCGAUAUUGUCCGGACACAUUCAAACACCAUCCCCGUCCUUGCACAGGGGUUUCUCCAAUGCAGGAAAUACGUGGAUCCGGCUGAAGUCACUCGGUUUCUCGACCAACAUCUCCGCGCCAGAAUUGGUACCAGACUUGUCGCAGAGCAGCAUCUAGCCCUGCACAUGGCCUCCACAGGAGAGGCGGCCAGACAGAAACCCGACCCGACACACGUCGGCGUGAUAGACCUUGCCCUGCGGCCCGCAGAUAUCGUCCGCCGGUGUGAGGGCUUUGUCGGCGAGGUCUGUGAGUACAAGUACGGUGUUCGACCCUCGUUGAUCAUCAAUGGGGACCAAGACGCAGAAUUCGCACACAUCCCCAUGCACCUGGAAUACAUUAUCACAGAACUAUUGAAAAAUGCGUUCCGUGCCACGAUUGAAAGUGGAAAUGAGAAGGAGCCCAUUGAAGUCACCAUUGCCUCGGCUCCCGACGUACAGACCACCAAGUUGGAAUUGCUCAAGAAGCUUUCUGUCAGCAAGGAGAAUGCAUAUGAUUUCUCCCAGGAAGGGCUGGACGAGUACUGCGCUUCGUCUGACGAGGACGUGUUGGGUUCUCUCAACUCUGCCACCCCUUAUAUCACUCUGCGCAUUCGUGACCGAGGGGGUGGCAUUCCACCUGAAGCCUUGCCCAAUAUCUGGUCAUACAGCUUCACCACGUUCAACAAUGAAGAAGCCUCCGCGGCGUCCAGUGUCGUUAGCGACGGCUCUGAGGGACUGAAUGUCAUCUCAAACAGUGGAACGAACCAAUCGUCCAUUGCCGGUCUAGGAUACGGGCUGCCCUUGGGACGAGCCUACGCAGAGUACUUUGGUGGGGGUAUCGCCCUGCAGAGCAUGUACGGCUGGGGUACGGAUGUCUACCUGACGUUGCAGGGCAUUGGGAACACAAAGGAACUGAAAGAUGCGCCCAAUGGUUUUGAGGAGUUGGAGAAAGAGAUGAGCGAUUAG